CAAGAGUGGGCAGGGCUGGGUUUCAGGACUCCUUAGUAGUGGUGAGUAGCUGCAGAGAGGGACGUUGUGAGCUAGGAUUUGGCAUCGAGGGGCUGGAGGACUCUGCACAGCAUGUGCGCAAGGAAAAGGGACAAAGGACUAUAGCUUGGGACCAAGUGUGUAGCAAGAGGGUGAAGUGUAGCCAGGGGCUGAGGGCACCACGAGUGUAGCCAGGAGCUUGCGGUGGUACUAGUGAGUAUCCAGGGGCUGGAUCCUGCAGUGAAGUAAGUGUAUGUGUGUGUGUGUGUGUAGCCAGGGGCUGGAUCCUACAGUGAACAGUGAAGUGUGUGUGUGUGUGUGUAGCUGGAUCCUGCAAUGGGGAGUGUGUGUGCAGCCAGGGGCUGGAUCGUGCAGUGAAGUGGGGAGUGGGGUGUGGCUGGAGAGUGCAGCGGGGACUGUGUGUGUAGCCGGGGGCUGGAUCCUGCAGUGAAGUGGGGGGUGUGUGUGUGUAGCUGGAUCGUGCAGUGGGGACUGUGUGUAUGUAGCCAGGGGCUGGAUCGUGCAGUGAAGUGUGUGUGUGUGUGGGGGGGGGGUAGCUGGAUCGUGCAGCGGGGAGUGUGUGUAGCCAGGGGCUUGAUUGUGUAGAGGGGAGUGUGUGUGUAGCCAGGGGCUUGAUUGUGUAGCGGGGAGUGUGUGUGUAGCCAGGGGCUUGAUUGUGUAGCGGGGAGUGUGUGUGUAGCCAGGAGCUGGACCGUGCACACACACAGGCUCAGAAGUUGCCCCGGGAGGAGGGACCCGGCGCUGCAUCCCCGGGACAAUGCCCGAUCUCCUCAGCCUGCUGCUGGCCGCGCUGUGCCUUUUCCUGGCCGGGUGUCUGCUGCGGAGCCAGCGCUGUCCCGCGGCCGGGCCGGGCGGCAGCUGCCGCCGCUACUCGGUGCCGGGGAGCUGCUUCCCGCUGAAGAAAUGGGCCAUGUGGGGGCUUCUCUCCUUCGCGUUCCGCCGGCGCCGGAGAGAGCGCGGCAGCGCCGCCGCCCGGUUGGAGCGGGCGGACACAGGAGCCGGCACGGAGGCGGUAUUCUCGGCUACCCCGGGCGGGCAGCCCGGCCGUGGGGCGGAGGAGCUGGAGCGGCUGCAGGGACUGGUCUGCGAUGCCCAUGCCCUGGAUUCAGUUUACUUCACUGGGUUUGCAGAAACCGACAAGACUUUUGUGAUCACACGUCUCGGAAGACGUCCGAAUGGGCUCUGUGAAAUGUGGCUCUUUCUCCGCGUGGACGGAAUUGGAGAGUUUGAACACCCAGUACAUCCGGACAUGAUGGUGAGUGAUGAAUCUGAAAAAUGCUGGCGUGGCAGCGGGCUGAUGAUUGAGUGCUUAGAGCCAUACAGACGCUGGAAAAUAAAAUUCAAUGGACGACUCAGAAAAGGACCGUAUCGGCAUCAGUGGAAUGAAGAGGAGGGCGAACUUGUCCACGUUAAAUUCUCUUUCCACUGGACUUCCUUUUCAGAUAUAUUCGACUUUAACCUUGACAGUCACCCUAAAGUGUUUGCACAUGCCUUUGCUUUGGAAAAGUGGAGUGCAGAGUUCUUCCGGAGAGUCAAAGAGUGGCCAGUUCUUUGAGGUUUGUGCUAGACUCGACAAGCAGGCACGUCCUGUAGUAUAUAAUGGUUUACCCGGAACAGGAGUAUUCCAUGAGUGCAUUGCUGAUUUCCAACUGAAUCGGACAGUCCCAGGCUGGGGCUUGGUUGAAUUUUAUUACAGAGAUGCAACUGGGCAGCUUAUUCCUAAUUCUGGCUCUAGGUUGAAGGAGCCAUCCGUUCCUGCCAGCUCCCAAUUCACUGAAGAGCACUUUCAAUGCACCAGGGACGUGGGGGACAAAGGAGCCCAGCUAGAUCAGCUCACGUAGUUACAGAAGCACUCCGGGGGAAAGGUGGACCCCAUCUUUGCUUAGCAGUCCUUCUUCCUGGAACAGCAUCCCAUGGUCAAGGAA